AUGACUGGAUUUUUCGAUGAAUGUGAAAAAUUAACCGAGAUAGAAGUUAUUUCUGAUAACUACAUUCUUGAAAAUGAUGUAGUUUAUAACAAAGAAAAGACAAGAAUUAUCUCAUUCUCAAUCAUAUCUCCAAUAGAAUCUUUCACUGUUCCUGAAUCAGUUAAAGCAUUAAAUGAUUUAGCAUUUUAUGGCACAAAGAAUUUGAAAAAUUUGACAUGUAAACAUAUUGUUGAAAUCGUUUAUGCAACAUUUCUUAAAUCAUCUCUAGAAUAUAUUAUAUUGACUGAUGAUUCGAAUACUUUCAUAUUACAAGGAUUUACAUUUUCAUAUUCAUCAAAUCUGAAAUAUGUUGAAGUCAACUGUGAAAUUUUUCAAAUGUGCGAUUUCAUGUAUUGUACAAGUCUAGAAUUUGUCAAAACCAAUGCAAAUCGAAUAGGACCUGGAGUAUUUAUGUUUUGUAAAUCUUUGAAAGAAUUUAGUUUCAAAGGAGUUAAAGAAAUUCAAACAAAAGCAUUUUCCAAUUGUCAUUCAUUAAAUAGAAUAGAAUUUGAUCCCAAUAUCCAGGGAAUUGCAGGUUUCGCAUUUAAAAAUUGCAUAAACAUUCAAGAAGUUAUAUUUGAUCAAUUAACACAAAUGAGCGGAAUUGAACAAGGAGUAUUUAUGAAUUGUAUUCGUUUAUCAUCAGUUGCUCUUCCAAUUUAUAUGCAGAAUAUUAUGGAUUUUGCAUUUGCAAAUACUUCUUUGAAGGAAAUUAGAAUUCCUCCAACAGCUCAAGUUAUGUCACAUGCCUUAGAUAAUAAUCCAAACAUAAAAAUAAUAAAUACACUUGUUUAUGAGAAUGAAUUUGUAACAUAUUCUAGAGGGGAAAAAACUUUUAUUACAACAUUAAGUAAACCAAAUUCUACCUAUACAGUUCCAGAUGGAAUAGAUCAACUAAAUGCAUUAGCAAUUAACUCAAAUCAUGUUUUUAAUGAAACUAUUGGUGCAUAUGAAAAUGAUUUAGGAAUUCUAACUCUGAUUAUACCAGAAUCAGUUCAUCAGAUUAGUAUUGGAGGCAAUACACAAUUCUUUCAAUUAGGAUUGCAUUUUGUUGAAAACAUUUGUUACAAUGGUACUGAAUUAGAAAUGCAGAUAUAUUAUAGUGAUGCAUUGCGUUACUUUAGUUCGUUUUUAUAUUAUCCAAUGGAUCCGGAGAUGAUGGGUGGCUAUUUGGUUGAUAUUGAUGGACCAUUUCCAAAUCCAAAACUUUAUGCACCUAACUUGAAGGUUUCUGAAUAUUAUAUGAGUGCUUUCCAAAUUUUGCGAGAACCAUGUCCUGAAAGUGUAACACCACCUGAAAAAAUUAUUGAUGAAGCAGAUAUUAUUCAUAAAAAGAUUGUUAUCAAAAAGGAUCAAACACGAAAUUCCGAGACUGCUUCUAGUAAUUUCAAUUCGUAUACACAAAGUUCAACCACAGAAAGUUCAAAUGAUCCUAUUUUGUCAAUAGAAGGUGGAAAUGCAUCAAAUAAUGAUUCAAAAUUAUCAUCGAGAGAGAAGAUAACUAUUGCAGUUUGUGUUUCUCUAUUAAUUGUUGUUAUAGUUUUGUCUGUCAUAUACAUUUUCAUCAGAGAAAAAACAUCAACAAUAUCAGAUGAUAGUGAUGUCUUCGAAAUGGCUGAAGAAACAAAACAAACUGGAACUGCAGUUACAUAUGAUAAUCCAUUCUUUUCAGCACAUGGAUCUCUGCAAGAUGAUCCAUUUGCAUCCGAUUUCCAAAAUGAUGAUGAACAAGAUCAAUAUUUCAGAGAUGGUGAUGAUGAAUAA